CACACCGCAACAAUCAAAGAACCACCACGAUCUGCGUCCCAUUCUGUCUCACCUUUGCCCACUCUCUGCUCCCGUUCAAUCUGACUGCCUCUCACCAUGGCUGACGAGAUCGCGCAAGAAUACGACGUUGUAGUCCUCGGCACAGGUCUCACCGAAUGCGUUCUUUCGGGAGUCUUGAGCGUCAAGGGAAAGAAGGUGCUCCAUAUUGACCGAAACGACCAUUAUGGCGGCGAAUCUGCCUCCAUCAACAUAGAAUCGCUCUUCAAAAAGUACGGGAACUACACCAAGGGCGAGGAGCCAUGGAAGAAGUACGGACGGGUGAACGACUGGAACAUCGAUCUGGUCUCAAAGCUCCUCAUGUCGAACGGCGAAUUGAUAAAUAUUCUGGUGUCUACCGAUGUGACGAGAUACUUGGAGUUCAAGCAAAUAGCUGGCAGCUACGUGCAACAAGGGAGUGGUGCAAAGGCGACAGUGGCAAAGGUGCCCUCGGACGCCGGCGAGGCUCUCAGGUCGUCUCUGAUGGGUCUGUUUGAAAAGCGUCGCGCCCGCAACUUUCUCGAAUGGGUUGGCAGCUACAAGGACGAUGAUCCAGCAACGCACAAAGGGCUGGACCUCCGAAGCUGCACGAUGAAGGACGUCUUCGACAAGUUCGGGUUAGAGGCUACGACUCGUGACUUCAUCGGCCAUUCCAUGGCCCUUUACCAGUCCGACGACUACAUCACCGAAAGGGGCAUGGCAGAAGAUGCUGUUUCCAGGAUCCGCCUCUACGUCAACUCGAUGGCGAGAUACGGGAAAUCUCCGUACAUCUACCCCUUGUACGGUUUGGGCGAACUGCCGCAAGGUUUCGCUCGUCUUUCUGCUAUCUACGGAGGCACAUACAUGCUCAACACCGAAGUGGAAGAGAUCCUGUACGACGGCUCCAAGGUCGCCGGUAUCAAAGCCACCAUGAAGGAGCGUGGCGAGGAAGGCGAGGGGAUGAAGUUCACGACAAAGUGCAAGAAGAUCCUUGCAGACCCGUCAUACUUCCCCGGAAAAGCGACAGUCACUGGCCAUCUACUCAAGGCGAUUUGCAUUCUCAAUCACCCGGUUGCGAGCACCGACAAUAGCGAUUCUCUGCAACUCAUCAUCCCACAAUCCCAAGUUGGCCGGAAACACGACAUCUAUAUUGCUGUCGUGUCCUCGGCCCACAAUGUAUGCCCCAAGGGCUAUUACAUUGCCAUUGUCUCCACCAUCGCGGAAGGCGACAGCAACCACCAUCUCGAGCUCCAGCCCGGUCUUGACAGGCUCGGACGCAUCGAGGAGAAGUUCAUGGGCCCGCCUAUUCCUCUUUACGAACCCCUGGAGAGCGGCGUCAACGACAGCAUUUUCCUCUCAAAGAGCUAUGACGCCACCAGCCACUUUGAGACGACCACAGACGAUAUCAAGGACAUCUACAGGCGAGCGGAGGGUCACGAGCUGGUAGUUGAGGGCCUACGGGAUGGACAGAAUUUGGUUGCGGAGGAGUAAUGCUUAGUAUGAAUAUGCCCAGCUCAGCUCGGACUACUUGGCGUAAGGUUGAAGUACAGGACACAAUACCUGAGAUGCAAUGGUGUCAUCGAAAUAGGAGUCAAGAGACUCUAUGCCCAAAUUGAACUAUGAAAUUAAAUAUAAGAGUUUAUCG